GAAAAACUUGCUGCCGCAGUGUGAAAAUUACAGGCACACCAUCCCGAGUUCAACCGCUCAACGAUGUGUUUUUCGUAGGGAAACAAGUGGUGCAUUCAGUGCACAGAAAGCGGUCGGUGCUUCAUCUGAACCACGACUGGUCCGGGUCGCCCUUUGGUCGAACGAUUUGCCGGGGCCGACGAAAUAGUUGGCGGACGAAAAGGGAGUGAAAAAAGUGGUGAAAAUUGGGACGAAUCUGGUGCUCGGGUGUUUUCCCGGUGUUACCGCGCCGCAAAAGAUAUUCCUACCCUGAAAGUCGACCGUGGUGUAGUUUGUGUUUGUUCCGUCGACCGAGUCGAAUAAACGGCCUCAGGAUGAUGUUCACUGGUACAAACCAGCAGCAGGAUUCUCGGUUCUCCGAUAAGGAGAAGAAACUGCUGAGGCAGAUGAAGUUCAGUGAUAAUCUCAACAAACGGGUCGAUAUGUCCAAAGUGAAGUUGGAUGUAUUGCGACCAUGGAUUAGCCAAAAGAUCACCGACAUGCUCAACAUCGAUGACGACGUUAUCGUGGAGUUUGUGUACAACCAGCUCGAGGAGGAAAAGUUCCCCUGCCCGAAAAAGAUGCAAAUCAACCUGACCGGUUUUCUGAACGGGAAAAAUGCGCGUCUAUUCAUGGAGGAUUUGUGGACGCUGCUGCUAUCAGCGCAGGACUCAGAAACGGGCAUACCGGCAGAGUUUAUACAGGCAAAGAAAGAGGAAAUUUUAAAGCGCGAAGAGGAAGCCCGGUUGCAGGAGGAUGGAGGUAGGGGUCAUCGUUCGAGAAGUCACACCCGCGACAAGGACGACGGUGGUGCAAAAACAAAACCAAACAAAAGCGCGCCUCGGCAAAUGUACAAACCCGAACCAGAGGACUACAUCGACGAGGAGGAAAAAAUGAUCGAAGACUUUGUUGAGGCCGAGGUUCCUAAGGAAUCGAAAAAAGUACCUCCGGCUUCUUUACUACCGGUUGCAGAUUCCGCACUGCCAGAGGAAAUGGUAAAAAGUGAAAAUAAACUCUCAGAUAUGUCAGAUAAAAACAUAAAGGAAAAUUCGUCUAGUCGACGCAAAUCGGUUGAACGAGGAAAAUCUGGUGAACGUAAUAGUGAUUCGAGAGCUAGAAGAAAAUCUCGCGAUCGUUCACGAUCACGCAACGAUCGGAGGGUGUCGUCUCGCGAUCGGAGAGGAUCUUCCCGUGAAAGACGCUCCUCAAGAGACCGUCGACGAUCCCGUUCACCUCGGCGUUCUGUUGAUCGGUCGCGCAAACGUUCUAGUCGAUCGCCAAGGGAUAAAAGGACGAACGAUCGCGACCGAAGGCGUUCGCGAAGUAGCUCUCUUUCCAGGAAAGAAAACAAGAACAGUAAUGGAAAUUCUGGCGCAUUAUCGAAGGUGCAAUCUAAGCUGAUGAACAUGGCAGAAGGAAAGAAAUCAGCGGCAAGCAAAACAAGUCCUAACCGCUCGUCACCAGAUUCGCGUUCUCGCAGCAGGUCUGGAUCUGCCAAUAAAGAGGGUAACCGGAAGAAGAGCGCUAGUCGUUCUCGAUCUCCAUCUAAAUCAAGAUCGAGAAAGGCAAAAAAGGGUAAUCCUAGCUCCCGAUCUCACAGCUCGAAUUCAAACUCAUCCGGUUCAUCGUCGUCCAGCGACAGCGAAGACGAGAAGAAACCAAAAGCCACGACAGGCUCAACAAAUGCGGCCGGCAAAAAGCGUAACGGACGCAACAGUCGCAGCCGUAGCCGAAGCCACAGUCGCAAUCGUCGCGAUACAUCGAGAAGCCGGUCCGGUAGCAGCCGGUCGUCGUCAUCACGUGGCCGAAAGAAGGAUGAUUUCGAGAUACAGAAGAAGGAAAACAGUAUCCAAAAAAAGCGUCAUUAUCGCUCGAACAAGGAUUCAUCCGACUCGGAAGCGGAUGGUGGUCGAGGCUCGACAACCAAAGGUUCCGCUGCGUCACGUCGCCGUCCCGGUGAUGGUAACGGUGGUGGACGAUUUGGUGGCCGGGACAAUAGAAACCGCGAUCGACGAUCACUUUCGCGAGGCCGCGGUCGUGAUGAUGGGCCAGGUCGUGGACGUGUAGGUCGAUCAAGCUCUCGCUCGAGAAAUCGAUCUCGUUCGCGUUCGCGAAACCGAUCGCGAUCACCGAGAAGACGGUCUCGAUCGCCUGGACGGCCAGUUGGACGCGGAAAUGUUCGUGACGGUAACUAUGGUCGCCGUCGUUCUCCACCCUCGUCGCGUCCGGGUGGUCCCGGUAGAGGCUCUGACCGAGAUGUUCGCGAACGGGAAAGAGACCGCGAGCGUGAUCGUGAGCGGGAACGUGAACGUGAACGCAAUCCGCAGCAACGUUACUCAGGCGGUAAUGGACCAGGUCGUCGCGGUACUUCCCGAGAGCGUGACCGCGAUCGUGAGCGUGGUCCGAGCGAUAGUGGGGCUAGAGGACGCGACUCAUCUGCGUCUGCUAACACCGGGGCCAAUAAUACCGCUCACAAAUGGCGUCGUUCGGAUGAACCGCAGAGAGGGGAACCUCAACGACAUCGGCAGGAGAUGGGUCCACCUGCAUCGAACCGCUAUGAUGAUCGUGAACGAAACCACCGCACCGAUGCAGGUGGCAAUCGCUCUACAGUUGGUCAUCGCAGUAACAGCACGGAACCGCAAGAUCGGUUCAAAGGUAACCAGGGAGGCCUAGGUCGAGGUAACAAUAGGAAAGCUUCUCAAAGUCCUGCAGAAUCCAGCGGUAGUCGACGGUCAGCGACGAGAUUGUCCAACGCAAGAGAUUCAACAGAAAUGUUUGACGAUGGCGGGAAUGGUAGCAGUUGUGGGGGUGUGUCACAGGAACGUCCCCACAAUUCCUCCGAGCGUAUACGAUCGGAUAAAGCAACUACUAGAGAAGAUAGCACCGACAAGGAAGAAAAGCUGCGUACUGCCAAUUCUUCAGCCUCUAGCAGUGCACGCAAACAGCAAGAUCUUCCAGCAACUAUUAGCGCUGCGACUACACGAAGAUCAAAUGAACAUCAGGUAUCUUCGGGGCGCGAAGCAAGCAAAUCGCUCGACGAGAGUAGAAAGCCCUCAAAAUCUUCAUCCUCACAGGUCAAUAGCUCGCGGUCCGAUCGAGGCUAUAGGAGCACACUGUCGAGAACUCCAUCGCCCUUCCUAAAACCACAUGAGCGUGAGGCAGCCGCUAGCUUACAUGCUAGCACAGGUAACAUUUCUGGAUCGGGUGGAUCGUUAGCGAUUUCCGCUGAUCAGCGAAAGCAACAGCAACAACAACAACAUCUGCAAAAGCUAAUCAAGGCAAGCAAACAAAAGAAGCAUGCAAGCUCGGAAAGCGAUGACGAUAGUUCUGGUAGCGAAAGUGAUGAUUCCCAAGAGGAAAAGCAGCAAAAAAAGCCCGCGUCUAGCAGACGUGCCGAUGGUAACGAGGAUGAGGAAAAGGACGAAAAUGACAAGAAGAACACGGUUUCUCACAAAAAGCGAAAAUUGAAACUAAAGCUAGAGUCCAAGAAACGCAGCAAACAACACCAUCGUCGUUCUUCGUCAUCUUCUUCGUCGAGCAGUGGGGAUGAAGAGGACGAUCAAGACGUCGCCGAAGAAGAUCAGUCGUCCGGCGAAGAAAGUGCAGGAAAACGCAAACCUCGCGCAAAGGAUCGUCGAGAACCAAAGAAAGUGUCUGCUGGUUCGGGAAAGGGGAUGGUGAACGUGGCGCCCUCCGUAGAACAUGAUUUCCGCCGCAAACAACAGUCUGUCCCUGUGUUGCACCCUAAGGAAGGUGACAACAACCGCAAGGUGCACCGGGACAGUACAUCCUCGGUCGAACAGCAGCAUCAAGGUGGUGGAGGUGGCAAAAAACGAAAGCAUUCCACUUCCGAAAGCAAUUCUAAGGUACUGGUGCAUCCGGAAGAAUCGUCCGCCGCGAAGUUGGCCGUAACGAAAUCGUUCAGUUGCACAAACAACAACAAUGUGUCCUCGUCAUCCGCUUCGGCAAAGGGCAAAUCCGUCACCAAAGUGGCAACGGUGGUCGAGACCACAAAUCGUUCGUCCUCUUCGAGUGAUGAUUCGGACGAUCGUGUAUCGGAGCGGCAGCGCAAGAAACGUCGCAAGGAGAAGAAACGGCAGCGGAAUGUGUCACCCGAUGAUGCUAGUGGUUCAUCCGGCAGCAAGCGCAGUAAGAAACACAAGAAGCACCGAAAACACGCGAAGAAACAUAAGAAACACAAGAAGCAUAAGAAGAACAGCAAAGCAAGUGGCAAGUAUCAUCGCAAUAGCUCUUCUUCCUCCUCGGACGAAGAAGAUGGAGGUGUGCCGGUGCGUUCCAAAAAGAGCAUCCUAGCGAUCGGUGCCGGUGGUGGGAGCGGUACGGUCAUCAACGAUGAUCUGGAGAAGCAGCUGCGUGAACGGGCCCUGAAGUCGAUGAAAAAGCAGCAAAGUAUCUCGGACUGAAGAAGGCUACAAGGAAAUCGUGAUCGUGAAAUAAAUGAUUGUAUAGAUUAGGCUAUAGGGGACGUCGAUCACCGAAUAGUUCGGAGACAGAUUUCAAACAUCGGCAAAGGAGGUCGUCGCUCUGCCACGCGUAUCACAGGUGUUCGCACUUGCGGUGGGUUUAUACGGUGUCGACUAGAAUUCGGAUCAAUGCAAACACGUAAUUGCGCGUGCUUUCCUCUAUUUCCAUACCCAUUUUAUCGACGAUGCAGCGACGUAUUGAGCAAGGACAGGUGGUCCCGAGGUUACGAUUUUUCUAAUCGUAUCGAUUUACUCUUGCUACAUUAGUUCUCUUAGAUUAUUGUGGGGAGGGUUAAAAUGAACUUUUAGGGUGAAUAUGUUUGUGUGUGGAAUAGCACUUUUCACGUAUGACAGAAACACCUAAAAUAAGUUCACUGUAUGAUUAGAGCAAAGGAGAAAUAGCGAUAUAGGGAGAGAGAAAAGCAGUAAGGUUGGGACAGACAUUAAGUGAUUUAGGUGGCUGGUUGGAUUGCACUAGAUUACGUCCAAACUCGUAAGCAAAUGUUUUAUACUUUUGCUUUAGGAAGUUACGUUAAUCUUAGCAAGGAGAUAAUCUUACUAGCAAAGUUUUAAAACGUGUGUUAAUUUUAUAACUCCAAACACAAGUCAUUUUCAACACUGGUGACGACAGGUAUUUCAAGAUUUACCCACUUGAUGUUGUCAUGACCACGACGACAACGAAGGUGUGUGUGUGUGUAUAGUGAGCUUUCUCUACGUUCGUCACCCGUCAUCAUACCUAUUACGCAUGCCGUCAUCAAAAUUUCUGACCACCUCUCUCUCUCUCCCUCUGUCCUGCGUGUGCCCCUCACUAUCCAGAUGUAUCGUUCUCUUGCAAUUUUAACCGACCGUAUUUCUCCGGAGAUGAUCUGUUAGAGUCGCACGAAAUGAUAAGGCAAACACAUACUAUGAUGCAGGCAGAGUAAGAUUUAAGUAACCAAAUUAGACUAGUACUUGAGCAUACCCGUUAAGAGAAAAUAAUAAAAUAAUUAAAUUCUUUUAUCCCUCCAUGUUUGUCCUUUUCCUCGCUUUUCUUGCGGCGAAUAAGGCAUAGCGCAAUAGCAUGCAGCAUCAACAACUGACACCCCACGAAUGACAUCCGGUAUGGAAAGAUGUCUAGGCAUACACAUUAGUAGGCCUGCAGCAAGCCUACUGUGUGCAGAAGCUGAAACAGGAAGAAAAAAAAACAGUAUAAACUAAGAUGAAGUAAAUUAUGAUAUCGAGUUUCGAAAUGUUUAACAAUCUUACGGAUAGAGGAGCAUCGCUGCAUAGGGGAGAAAAUAAACCAUUAAAUCUUAUUCGAAGCGUGUGAAAAUAAACCAACACUAUUAUUGGACAGUUGUAGAAACAGAAUUCAACCAAGCGAAACACAAAU